AUGGGGGGCUCUGCACAGGCCAGGAGCAGCCCCCUCACCUCGGUGCUGACCACGCAGCACCACCCUGACUCCGGGGACCCAAGCCUGGAUUCAGAUCCUCGGUGUGAGCCAGCCACCAGCGGAUCAAGGGACUGCUCAGGACCCGGGGUGUCAGCGGCUACCGCUGGAAGUAGGGUGAGGAUUGGGGGGAGAGGAAAAGAAAAAGAGGAAGCUUCCUGGCCACGGGCUCAUCCCGGAAACCCCAUUCCAGGCGCCCUGCCUACCGGCGUGGGACUGGACCCUGAUACGCGCCCCCGCCUGGAGUCCCUCGAAGCCGGGCAGGGAGCUGGCACCUGUGGACCUCCUCCGGAUAGCCCUGCCCUGCUGCCCGCGGAGGAGACAGGCACCCCCGAGGCGCGUGACCGGCAGGCCAAGUUCCUUUCCCAGGACCAGAUCAACGAGUACAAAGAAUGCUUCUCACUCUACGACAAGCAGCAGAGGGGGCGGAUGAAAGCCUGCGACCUCCUGGUGGCCAUGAGGUGCCUGGGGGCUAGCCCGACGCCAGGGGAGGUGCAGCGGCACCUGCAGACCCACGGGAUCGACAGCAGCGGGGAGCUGGAUUUCUCCACGUUCCUGACCGUGAUGCACACGCAGAUAAAGCAAGAGGACCCCAAGAAGGAGAUCCUGCUGGCCAUGUUGAUGGCCGACAAGGAGAAGAAAGGGUACAUCAUGGCGUCGGAGCUGCGGUCCAAACUCACCAGGCUGGGGGAGAAGCUCACCCACAAGGAAGUGGACGACCUCUUCAGGGAGGCCCAGGUCGACGCGGACGGCCGAGUGCAGUACGAUGACUUCAUCGACAGGGUCACCCUCCCUGUGCAGGAGUACUGAAGAGGGUGCGCUCCGACGCCGC